AUGAUGUCAAGACAGGCCUUCCUCUGCAGUUUGGGAUCUCUGUAUUUGUCCCUUCUGUUUGUAUUUCUCCUAAUGGAUGUAUAUGCAAGGCCUGCAAAUAAUUCAGCCCUCAAAGAAAAGCCAGCUGACAGUAAAGAUGAGAACGAGAUCUUGCCCCCAGAUCACUUGAACGGAGUCAAAAUGGAGAUGGAUGGACAUCUUAACAAGGAAUUUCAUCAAGAAGUUUUCCUAGGAAAAGAGAUGGAAGAGUUUGAGGAAGACUCAGAACCCAGAAGAAAUAGGAAGAAGCUCAUGGUCAUCUUUUCCAAGGUGGAUAUAAAUAAUGAUAAAAAAAUAGGUGCCAAAGAGAUGCAGCGCUGGAUCAUGGAAAAGACAGAUGAACACUUCCAGGAAGCUGUGGAAGAGAAUAAAAUGCACUUCCGAGCCGUGGACCCUGAUGGUGAUGGCCGUGUGUCCUGGGAUGAAUAUAAAAUUAAAUUUUUGGCAAGCAAAGGCUUUAAUGAGAAAGAGAUUGCAGAGAAGAUCAAAAACAAUGAAGAGUUGAAAAUAGAUGAAGAAACACAGGAAGUUCUAGAUAACCUGAAGGAUCGGUGGUACCAAGCUGACAACCCACCUCCUGAUCUGAUGUUGAAUGAAGAAGAGUUCUUGUCGUUUCUCCAUCCAGAGCAUAGUAGGGGGAUGCUGAAGUUCAUGGUUAAAGAAAUCAUCCGAGAUUUGGAUCAAGACGGAGAUAAGAAACUCACCCUUUCAGAGUUUAUUUCCUUGCCUGUUGGUACUGUAGAGAACCAGCAAGCUCAAGAUAUUGAUGAUGACUGGGUAAAAGACAGGAGAAAGGAAUUUGAGGAGGUGAUUGAUGCUAACCACGAUGGUAUUGUCACAAUGGAAGAGCUGGAGGAAUAUAUGGAUCCUAUGAAUGAAUACAAUGCCCUAAAUGAAGCGAAGCAAAUGAUAGCAGUAGCAGAUGAAAAUCAAAACCAUCACUUAGAGCUGGAAGAGAUCCUGAAAUACAGCGAGUACUUCACAGGCAGCAAGCUUAUGGACUAUGCACGUAAUGUCCAUGAGGAGUUCUGAUCCUGCUCACUUUUCCAGAGCUCUGAAGCACUUUCUUGUUUUCAAAAAGAUAAAACCACAGGAAAAAAGAAAUCCAACUCCCAAACAGACAGAAAGUUACUUUGCUGCUAUCUGUGUUAUAUGCCUAGAGUGUGUUGUCCUAGACUAAAACAUAGUCCGUCCGUACAUAAGAUCUACAGCGCUGUUGCCUUCGGUAUGAGGGAAGAAAAUCUGUCCGUAAAUGAUGGGACAGGUCCUGGACUACAUGAGUUCACCCUGGUUUGGACAGUCAAUGCAGCUGAAGUUUCAGCUGCUUUUGGUUAAUCAUGUUUGGUGGAGGCUUAAAUAUUUAACUCUUCUUGUUGCCCUCAUAGCUGCUGAUCCAUGGAAAUCGCAAAUAACCCUGAGAGAUGCAGGCUUUGGUGAAGGCGACUGUGGUUCACAUCCAUGUGUUCUGACCCCGUGAGAGUAUCCAUGUGUAGACUGGUUUGCUAGGAAUUUUCUCGGUGUGUCUCAACCUACUUACGUAUUGUUGAGGAUUUAACACUUUAAAAAGUUCUCCCUCCAUUGCUAAGCUGUUUCUAGGAGCUGUGGGGAAGAACUUUAAAUGUUGGAGAGAAGCUCUUCUGCUUCUGGUUGAAAAGGAAAGCUGGUUUUAUAGUGUAGCAGGAUUUGAGUUUGUGACUACACUGGGAAUGUGGGAAAACGGCUUAUAUCUUUAAACAUCAGAUUUCAUUCUAAAAUGAAGCAAUGUGGAAGGUUUCUUUGUGGACUUAAAGACGAUGGAGAGAGCAGUAGGAUUUCCUUAGGUGUAUGGUUACUACUUAACUGAAAUUCAUUGUUAAACCUAGUAAACUUACUUGCCUCUGUCCAAGUAAAUGAUGCUGAUGAACUCAUGAAUGAUGAAGCUGGCAGACAUACAAGCUUUGCUUUUGAACUGCUCCUGCCAGAGCAAUGUACAGUCAGUGCUUGGGAAGCUUUUUAAUCUGUCUGGUUUUGGGUAAUAUCUGAAAGCAUCUUGCAACACAAGGGUCAUAUCCACUACUGUCUAAAACAGAAAACUUAUUUUUACUCUGGUUCCAUCUUUACUGUAACAACCCCUCUUUUGGAAGGGUUGCCUGAAAAUCCAAGUGAGAUGUUAUAUUUGAUUAAAUUUAUUCUCUUAAUAUAAUGUAAAUAUAAGU